GCGCCUGCCUCUCUUCCCGAUUUACGGUUGUUAACUCUGGGUUGGGAAAUUCCUGGAGAUUUGGACGUGGAGCCUGGGGAGGGCAGGGGAGAGACCUCAGUGGGUAUAAAGCUAUGCGGUCCACUCUCCAAAGCAACCGUUUUCUCCAGACGAACUGAUCUCUGUCGUCUGUGAUUCCGGGAGAUGUGCAGGCCCCACCUGGAGGUUGGCAACCCCACACCAUGUCCUGGAGCGCCUGCCCAGGACUUUGCUAGCAGGCAAUCCGUCGAACUGGCGCGCGGGGCCCCUAGGCGCGUGUGAAGGAGCGCGCGUGCAGGAGCGCGCGCGCGAGGAAAAGGCUCCGCAGCCGUGCGGUGGCAAGCGGGGAUGGGAGGGAGCGGGGCCCGGAGCAGAGCGGCAGCAGGACUGCCUCCGCCGCAGGGGAAGCCGUUCCUGGUUCACGCCGCACCGCAGCUCCUGGGCGGCCCUUGACUCCGGCAGGAGGAGAAGAAGGGAGGAGAGAAGCGCCGCCGCCGCCGCCUUGGUCCAGCCCUUUGGGAGGGGCCGGUCCAGCCCGUCCCCAGCGGCCGCGCCAGGAGAGCUGCCAAGUGCCUGCCUUUCCCGCCGAGCCCCGGAGCGCGGCCCCCGCUCGGGCCCCCCGCAGGUCAAUGAAUUGAACGUGCCUUUGUGAAGUCACUUGUACAAGAGACAACUUGUCUGUCACUGUUAAGAUUUAAUUUCUGCCAACUAAAUAUUGCUCUUAUCGUCUAUGUCAUCUGUAGCAGUUUACCAACUGCUUGAUGGGAAACCAAUUCCAGCAUUUAAAAGGCCUGAGGAAAAGAUUAGGUUGGGCAUGAAAACUGCUGAAUGUAUAGCUCUUUAUAUAUAAUUGCUGCCAACUCAGAAGACACGGAAGCUAAGAUGUUAUUGAGGAGUGCCAUUGCAUGAAAACGAAGCUGAAUACAAGUGUGUCAACAAAACCAAUCAACAGGCCAGAAAUGCUAUGGAGCAUGAAUAUAUUGCAGCUGAAGGUUUACAAGUGGCAUGUAUUGAUUAACUGACAGACUUGCUGAUCAAUAGUUGCUCCUUCAGCUUUGUGCUUUUUGAGUUCUCCUAAACAUUUCUUACGUCAUCGCUGCUGGGAGCUACUUUCACUGAAAGGCUUUCAGUUUUGGAGUGAUUUCAGACAUUCUCAAAUCAGUUUUACACUAUGGCUUUGAAUGUUGCUCCAGUAAGAGACACAAAAUGGCUGACGUUAGAAGUGUGCAGACAGUUUCAGAGAGGAACUUGUUCACGCUCUGAUGAGGAAUGUAAAUUUGCACAUCCCCCGAAAAGCUGCCAGGUUGAAAAUGGAAGAGUUAUUGCCUGCUUUGAUUCUCUCAAGGGCCGUUGCACAAGAGAGAACUGCAAAUAUCUUCAUCCACCAACACAUUUGAAAACUCAGCUAGAAAUUAAUGGCAGGAACAACUUGAUCCAACAGAAAACUGCAGCAGCAAUGCUGGCCCAGCAGAUGCAAUUUAUGUUCCCAGGAACACCACUCCAGCCGGUGCCCUCCUUUCCUGUAGGGCCAACAAUAGCAUCCAACACCGCAUUAAGCUUUGCACCGUAUUUAACACCUGUCACGCCUGGGGUUGGAUUAGUUCCUACUGAAAUUGUUCCCACGCAACCUGUCAUUGUUCCUGGAAGCCCCCCUGUCACAGUUCCUGGGUCCACCACGACACAGAAACUCCUCAGGACAGACAAACUGGAGGUAUGCAGGGAGUUCCAGCGAGGAAACUGUGCACGGGGUGAAACUGACUGCCGUUUUGCUCAUCCUGCAGACAGCACAAUGAUUGACACAAAUGACAACACCGUAACUGUUUGUAUGGAUUACAUAAAGGGGCGCUGCAUGAGGGAGAAAUGCAAAUAUUUUCACCCUCCUGCUCACUUGCAGGCCAAAAUCAAAGCUGCUCAGCACCAAGCCAACCAGGCUGCAGUGGCCGCCCAGGCAGCCGCUGCCGCUGCUACAGUGAUGACUCAGUCGACUGCCAAAGCAAUGAAGCGACCUCUCGAAGCAACUGUAGAUCUGGCCUUUCCUCCCGGCGUACUUCACCCUUUACCAAAGAGGCAAGCUAUUGAGAAAAGCAACGGGGCCAGUGCCGUAUUUAAUCCCAGUUUCUUGCACUACCAACAGGCUCUUGCUAGUGCACAAAUGCAGCAACACGCAGCGUUUAUUCCAACAGGGUCAGUUUUGUGCAUGACACCCGCUACCAGUAUUGUACCCAUGAUGCACAGCGCUACGUCCGCCACUGUCUCUGCAGCAACAACUCCUGCAACAAGUGUCCCCUUCGCCGCAACAGCCACAGCCAAUCAGAUAAUCCUCAAGUAGCCAACGGGAAUGGAAUGGAAUGUCAAGAGGCUUCAUUGAGAACAGCAAAGCAUUGUUACUGUACAUACUACCCUGUUUCUUCCUCGAUAGAAUUGCCACAAACUGCAUGCUGAGUAACGAGUUUGUUCAUCUGGACAAAUCACAAACACUAAGGAUCUAGUGCUGCUAUAUCAUAUAGGAAUAUUAAAUAUGGUAUGCUUAGUAUAUUCCAACUUAAUCUAGUUAACUACCUGAUGCCAGCUGUGAUGAUUGAAGACAUAAAAAGGGUAAUGUUUUACUUUAAAAAGUUUUAUACGACACUGUUUACUUCUUAGGAGUAUCGUCUUGCCACCAUAAACUAUAGCUAAUGUAAGUAGUCCUAUUCAUGUAUUGUUGUAGGGUUCACAAAGUUAUGAAUCUUUCAAUGUUAGCAAUAAACGAUUUACAUUGGCCGCUAAGCCCAGGACCCAAAGAAUCACAUGGCCAAGGGUGCUUUUGAUGUGUGUUUCUCAAAUACCCACUUUGCCCCUUCCCUGGGAGAAAUCACUUUUGAAACUGCGGUAAAUUUCUAUGGUACUUCAUGAUAAAGAAUCAACUCUAUUUUGGGAGCUAGGGGAGGGGGUUAAGUACAAAAAGAAAAAAUAACGCUGGGCAUAUAAAAACGCUAGAGUGCACCAGUGUAACUCUUUGGAUCCUGGCCAAUAUACACAAACUGGAGAUUUUAACUUUUAACCCUUUGGUGAUUUUGUACUCUCUCAGAAAGCUCACUUCUCUACUAGGCGGUCGAUGCCAAGAUAAAAGAGGUGAUGUGAAAACAGAACCCUCGAUUCCUGCAUGUCAUCACCUAAAAAUUCCAAAUAGAGAAUCCAAAGUAAAGCACAAAUUGCAGAGAUGCACAUGAAUUGAUAUUAGACUUGUAUGGAGAAGCAGUACCAGAAUCAUGGCAUUCUAGAACUAAAGUUAAACCUUUGCACGGUAUGAUUUUCAUACCCCUAACAAAGUCUUGACUAUGUUAUUUUACAAAAGAGAGAUAAUAUUUUUUAAAAAUAAGCCUUUGCAGAAGUGCCUAAAUUUUGCCACAACAGACUUGAAACUUAAGUGAUCCUGAGGUCUAUAAUUGAAUCUAUACCAAGUGAUUAAGCUUUCAGAUUUACAAUCAGGUUACCAAAAAGAACUUGUUAUGAAAUAACUUCUUCCCAACUAAAGAAAUGGGGCUAUAGAUGAAGAUACUAGCAUGAUAAUCUAAUUUAAUUAAAACUGGCUGCAGUCAUUGAAAACUUGAUAAGUGACUUUAAUCUUAGAUGGUUAGGAGAAUUUAAACAUGAUUCAGAGAAAAUUUCACUUUAUUCAUUCUUACUGUUGCCGUAUUUUUAAAACUGGGUUAAAGAAGUUGUAACCGGAUUACAGCACAGAGAAAGAAACUAGUUCUUUUAACCUUUUUUUCUUUAAAAGCUUAUUUUAUGUCACAGAAAUACGAAGAUAUCUUUAAUACAGCUAUAUACAUAUUAUAUAUACACAUACAUAUAUAUGGACAAAACAGAUUUUAAUGUUUACUUUUUUAAAUACUGUGUUGAUUUACAAGGUAAUUAUAUACAUUUGAUUAAUGUAGGAGGUUUGUUUUUAAGAUUUAUUUCCUACACUGUUGUACCAAAUAUGUCAUAUUUCACAUUUUAUAUGUUGCAUAUAUAUAUAUAUAUAUAUCACAGAAAAUCAUAGUUUUUAAAUUAUUGUUUAUAAAACAAAAAGCAGCUGUUCUAUGGAAAUAAGUAUAAUUGUUUGAGACAUCUGUUUUUCCAUGUGAAGAUUAAGAAUGAUUGCAGUAUUUUAACUUAGCCUUUUUGGAUUGAUUCUAAGUUCUCCAGCAGCACUGCCUGUUUUGAAAGAUCAGAAGCAGUAACGGAUUGUUUGUUUAAUGAAUUAUUUUCCAGUGUUACUCUUGUUUUUCAAAGGUCUUAUAUCUGUUUAUCUUUAAACUGUAGAUUUCAUCACCUAAAGGGGAAAAGACCCAAAAUCUAAUGGUAAACAUAGUGCUUGCAAUCUUGCAUUUGUUUUAAUUUGUGAGGAAUAUGUAUCUUCUUUUAUUUUUACUUGUAAAUUUUCUCAAUCAUUAUAACUCGGUUUCUGAUAUGGCAGUUUACCUACAUGUGUAGGUUUGGGGUUUUUUUUUUAAUGAUCCAUUUAAACAUUUGGUAGUUCGUUGGAAAAUACUAAAUGGUAAUUUAUGUAUGUUUAAAUAUUUAAACUGUAGAAGGCAAACAUUUUAGUGAACAUAUGUUUAAACAGUUAUUUUCUUACUCUACUCUAAUAUUAUUUUCUGUCCCUAAAUGGUUAAACAUCAAUAUAUAUGAAUUUAACUCCUGGGCAAAGAGAGAGAAAGAGAAAAUGUAUUUUUUAAAAAAAGAGUUCCAUUGUAUUUGGCAUAUAAAUUUCUUCUGUUCCUACAAAUUCUUAAUACUUAUGUCGAUGUUAAAUCAUUUGCUCCAGAAUAGCUGCACUAAUGGCUAUGGGGUGUCAAUAGAAAGAGUCAUUUUGAGAUCAUGCUUUAAGAGCAUGAGACAGAGGCUGCGCAGACAGAGGUACCAGCACCAGCAGGAAUUAAGUCCAUGCUUAAUCCACUCUGGAAUGUAGCUGCCCCUCCAUAGCAUGUGGUCAAAUCAUGGUGGCCGAGCCCUUCUCUGUUUUCUUGAAACUUCCCAAGAAUACAACGGUCUGUAGUAUGUUCUGAUUGGCCGAUUUAUUUGUUCCCAAGUUCCUGGUAUUCCCUCUCCCCCAUGUGCAGUAAACAAGCCACUUAUGCAUGUCCAUUCCCUUCAGAGUCCAUUCCUGACUUUGCUGCUUCUUCCCUGCCCCUGUUCACCUGCUUGCCUGCUACCUCCCUAUCUAUGCAUCAUGUCAGACCAGAUUCUUCCUUUAUCUGCUCUCCCACCAUCCAUCUGCUUUCCAUACAGCGUUGCUCCGCUCCAUUCCCUCCCUGCCAUUCUAACCCUCAAGAUAAUGUGCCCAUUCUGGCUUGCCUUCGAAAGGUCUGGUUUCAUCAUUUCAACUCUUUAAAUCAAACAGGCUGCUUCCUUCCAUUCGUUUGUUGCUUGUCUCGCCUUACUCUGGCAUCAGUCCUUGACCUGAAUCACAUGCCUUAUCCCAGGCUUAGAUUCUACCGGAAUGUGUAUCUCUUAAGAACUAACAAUGAAAGCCCCGUCUGCCAUGGCAGUCCUUGGAUCAGCCCAUAUAAAACAUCCCUGCAGGAUCAGAUCAGCGGCCCAUCUAGUCCAGCACCCUGUUUCACACAGUAGCCGCUCACUAGCGUACAAAGCCAGCCUCUUCUGUGGCUGUCUCUGUGAAAGCAAAACAUUUCCCACCUCUCCUUACCUCUUUCUGCCAGGGUGUUCAGCAGCACUUUGCUUAGCCUCUGCUCUCCUGCUUUUCAGUCUGUGCUAACAAUAAAUAUAAAAAUACUAAGCGUACCAGAGCAUGCUUUUAUUUAUUUAUUAUAGAGUAAUUUUGUAGAAUUCAUUGAAUUUGGGAAGAUCUAAAACUAUUUUUCUGUAUAAAUAUUGUUUGCCAAAACUUCAUUUAUAUUUUGGAAAAGAAUAUCUAAUGAUGGCAAAGCAACCAUAAGUUGUUUUUAUUUUUUAUUUUUAAACGGCUCCCUUGAAAGAACCAUGAAAUGGGCCAAUAGAGACAAGUAGAAAAAAAUGGGGGCCUAACUUCCAAAUUACUUGAGAUGUCUCAGAAUUUUAUUUUCUAUAAAAGCGCUUCACCAAAAUACCUUAAUUUGCCCAUACAAAAUGGAUCAGUGGCAACCUUUUACACUGCACAUUUUCACCAACAGUUAAAUAAAUUUCUUCUCUUAUUCCAUAUAUUGUAACUAUCUAGCAACCUGUUAAAUUCCCUAUAUGAGUUUGUUGAGAUAUUAUUUAAUUACCCAAUGUGCAAGUAUGGAAAUAAAAAGGAGCAUUAAAAAAAUUAUCCUGA